AUGCAUAUUUAUAUGAUCAUAUUUUUAAUAUUGAAUUUUUCAUUCGAUGUUCAAUGUAUUACAUUAUUGGUAUUAUCUUAUUCAAUUACAUAUUAUAUAAAAUGGUUAUUAUUAAUGUUUGCUACUUAUAUAAUUAUUUUCGAAUUCAUUUUAAAUAUUUUAAAUCAUUUUGAAAUAUUAAAAUGUUUAUUUCAUUGUAUUACUUAUUUCAAUGUAAUUAAUUUAAACAAAUUAAAUCAUUUAUUAUUGGAUAAAGUAAAGAUUUCAAUUGAACAUUUAAUAAAUGAAUAUAAUUCUAUGUUAUAUAAUAUACGUCAAAUAUUAUUGAAUAUUCAUUUAUUUACAUUAAAAUUAAUUCAAAUCAUAAAUAAUAAUAAUAUAUGGAUUGAAUCUAUACAUAAUUCAUGUAAAAAUACUAAUGAGGUUUAUAAUUUGUGUCGAAAUUUUUUUAAUAAAGCAUAUUUGUUAUGUAUGAAUGAAUUAAAUACCAUGAAUAAUUCAUGUGAUUACAUAAUAUUUUAUAAAAAUAAUCUAUGUAAUUCAAUGCAAAUAUCUACUAAUGAAUGUGAUAAUUAUAAUCAUUUAAAUAUUACAUUGAAAAAGGAUUUAAAUGAUAAAAUAGAAAAGAUAUUCAAUACUAUUGGACAAGAGAAUAUAACAACAAUAAUGAUGAAUUCUAAUGAAUUUCAACAAAUGAUUUAUAAAAUGUAUGAUGAAAUUACUGAUUCCAAACAAAUUAGUAGUUUUAUGAAUGAUAUUGAAGUUAUGAAAUUAUCUAUUUCAUGGUUUUUAUUUUUAUGGUCAUUGGUUACUAUGACACAAUUAUUAAUAAAAGCAAUUGUAUUUAGAAAUUUAUGGUUGAGUAAAAUAACAUUUGAGAAUAGUUAUAUAACUUCAGAAUAUAUUCAGCAGGAGAAACAAGCAAUUCAACAAGGAAUUCCUUCAACGUUCCCACUUACACAUAAUGAAUCGAAGCAUUAUAAAUUAUUAACUAGUUUCAGUUGGAGUCACAAUGAAAAGAAUAAAAUGAAAUGUUCAAACACAUUGUUUAAUGUAUGGAUAAUUUUAAUUAUUAUAAUCAUAUUACUUAUUCAUAUUAUACACAAUUCUUUACUUUCUUUAACCUCUUUAAUUUCAAAUGAUUUCAUUCAGUCUAGAACAAGAUAUUCUCAAAAUGAUGAAUAUUUAAAUCUCAGUUCUGCAAUAUUCAAUAAAAUUCCGUCUCAACCAAUUAUUGUUAGUGGUACAUUUUAUGCAAAUAUUGUAAGAAAUAUACUCGAUUUACUAAUUCACCCAAAAGAUACAUUAAUUAAUAAUGAUGUUACAGUCUGUCACCCAAUAUUAAGUUCACAGGAUUUCAAUAAUUAUAUAAUCGUUAUAACAUUAUUAGUUCUAACAAUUAUAAGCCAAUUAAUUGAAGUAUAUAUUAUGAGAUUGCGUCAUAUAAUAAUGAUUUGGUAUUAUCCAGAAAGAUCAAAUCAGCGGGCAUCAUGGUUACGCGCUCAUAUACGAAAUAAUCGUAAACUUUUUAAUGACUUCAAAUAUACAUCGGGAGACACUACUGAUAAACAUGGUCGUUGUUUUACAAAUAAUCUAAAAACGAAGCAUGUUUUAGCAGGACUUAGUAUCAAACGUAUUACAUGUUUUCGGUGCAGUAAAGGAUGUUAUUCAUCAAAAAAACAAAAGCCGAUAGAGAAUGCUUCUCAAUAUUCUGAAAAUUUACAUGCGUGUAGUAUAUGUCAGCUGGAUCUUGGAAAUAUCUGCAUAAAAUGUCGUACAUUAUUAUCUUUGAAAUAUUCACAAAUUGGAUUAGAACAUUUAACCAAUGAAGAGUAUAUAACUAUGAAUUCAGUGUAUUCACUAAGAGAUGAUCAGUAUUGACGUUAACUUGUUAAUGAAUCUACAGUGGUAAAAACUGUAAAUUAUUAAUUUUGAUGAAUAUCAGUUAUGGAUUAUUUUACUAUAUGCAUAUUUCAGUAAAGUUUCAUUA